CUCUGACCAAGUUGUUGAGGCGCGUGAACCGAAAAAAGGGAAAUUCAGACGCUUCCAGUUAUCUCUCUCCUUGGAUAGAGUUAUUUGAAAUAUUGGCAGGAGUGUGCGCUGGAGAUUAUUGGAUUAAAAAUAAAUGAAAGCCCGCUAAUAAGGAAAUUGUUUCGCAAACUCGUUAAGAGCCCGAAACACGCACAAUAUGCGUUGCUCCGUGUAGAGCAAAUUGCGUAUACGCCACGUUGGACCGUCGAAAGGAUUGAGCGAACAUAUUGUUGCGGAAAAUUGCAUGCAGCAAUUUGAAUAAGAAAAUUGUUUGCACAGUUUCUGUUCGGCUUUGUGUCACCGAUUUGCACAUAUUCAAACGGAUUCACUCGCAGCCAGAGAAAUGGACAUUGUAAUACGUGAGGAGGACAUUUCACUGGCCCAGAUUGGCGUCUAUGCCUCAGUGUCCUUCCUGGUGGUUUCGGCUGUUGGGGCUGCCCUCUACACCACCUGCUCGAAACGCUAUCGUCUGAACUGGUUUGAACAGAAUCUCCUGGAGUCGGCCAACGAAAAGGAUGAGGAUCAACAGAGCAGGGAGGCUUUGGUAGCCGGUGCCGUGGGCUACAAUGUUGACAACAUAAACGAGGUGCCACGUGGGAAAUUCAGCAGUGGAAAUGCCGGCAACCUCAGCCCCAUAUCCUUGAAGAGCGAGGACAAUGACCCGGCCUUUUGGGUACCCGCUUCGGUCACCUCGACGGCUGCCAUCCAGCAACAAGUGUCCAACACCACCGAGGAGUCGGCCCCGCCCACUCCCACUUCGCCCACCGGAAGCCUGAAGUCGAACACCCUGUCCUACUGCUCCACCGCUUCCGUGCCCAUCGCCAGGUCCGAUAAGCAUGUGGUCCUGGCCAUGCACCCGAGUCGUCCCAGAGUUUCCUCCAUGAAUGCCAAAUUGGAUCACACUAAAAUUGACAUGACCUUGUACAGGAGCCACUCUCAGCCGAAGACCAUCAACCCAGUUUCCCUUAAUGAAGUCCGCGGCAAUUUGCAUGUGAGCAUUGGCUACGAUCCUGUAGGUGGCUUGCUAAAUGUUCGACUACUGGAGGCUCAGAAUCUUCAGCCCAGACAAUUUAGUGGAACAGCCGAUCCUUACGCCAAAGUCCGACUUCUGCCUGAUAAAAAGAAUUUUUGGCAGACGCGAAUUCACAAGAGGACACUGAACCCAGUUUUCGAUGAGCAAUUUGUGUUCGAAGUCACAGCCGGAGUAAUUGACAAACGAACCUUGGAGAUUUUACUGUACGACUUUGAUGCCUAUUCCCGGCACGUUUGUAUCGGAGGAACCAAGCUGCAUCUGGCCAAUUUGGAUCUGAGUGAACAGUUGAAGCUCUGGACCCCCUUGAGCUCCGCCUCGGCCCAGGAUAUGAAAGUGGAUCUGGGUGACAUAAUGGUGUCCCUGGCCUAUUUGCCAUCUGCGGAACGCUUGAUGGUGGUCCUGAUCAAGGCCCGAAAUCUUCGAAUUGUGGACGAUGCCCGAAACUCUUCGGAUCCGUAUGUGAAGGUUACUCUCCUGGGACCCGGUGGCAAGAAGAUGAAGAAACGCAAGACGGGCGUUCAGAGGGGCACUCUUAAUCCAGUUUACAAUGAAGCAUUGGCAUUCGAUGUCGCGAAGGAAACGUUGAAAAAUUGUGUGCUGGAAUUUACAGUGGUCCACGAUGGCUUAUUGGGUUCAAGUGAAAUUUUGGGUCGCACUCUCAUCGGAAACUCUCCGGAAGUCCGCACCGAAGAAAAAAUAUUCUUUGAGGAAAUUUUCCGCGCCAAAAAUGCCACGGCACAGUGGGUUGCACUGCAAGAACCGGCAACCAAUUUGGCCACGGCCUCCACAGCCAAAAAUUCAAACAAGAACUAGCUGCCACAAUUGCCGGCGGCUUUUGGCUUGUGUCUCAGUAAGGACGGCGGCGGUGGUUGUCUUGGGUAAGGGUUUAAGCGUGGGCACAAUUUUUGUAGAGUUACGGAUGGAGCCAAUGCUCAAACCUUUUGUAGACUACAGUUUUAUUUAUUAUUUAUUUCCACUACUAUGGGUUAAUAAUCCUUUGCAGUAACUUAUGUUUGAGAAAGCCGGUUACUGUUAUCCAGUUUUAAUGAUCAUAACCGGAUGAAAAUAUCCAGAUCUCCUAUCAUUAGGAUUUUUUCUUCAAUUUUCAAAAAUUGUUGCUUUCUAUGUAAUGUAACUAUGUUUUUAAUGAAAAUAUAAUUUUUAUAAAGUGCACACUACAUUAAAAAAAUUACAAUCAACAAAUUUAUAAUAUUCUGUAUACUAACGUAGCAAGAGAAAAAUUGGUAAAGCUGUAUUAAGGAAUACCGAUCCUCAAUUAAUAAUAAAAAUACGGCUGAACAAAAAUAUCAAAUAUUACCGUAAAGGGCAGUACACUUAGUGACAACGCUUUAAUACAAAACCAAUAUUUUUGGUGGCUUAUUAAAAAAAAUACUGGAAUAAGGGAACUUGCAGGGAUACGUUUUAAGCAGGAUAAAGAGUCGAAAUAGAGUGUCAAACUAAGAUCACCAACAGUUUACAAAUAUGAUCAAAAAACGUCGAAUUUGUUGUCAAUUCGUUUUUUUUUAAACAAGUUUUCCGUUCUGAAUGGCUAGACAUUUUUUACUGAACCAAACUUAAGGUUAGAAAAUAAUCGAGUUAUGAUUUAAACAACUAUUUUGUAACCAAUUGAAUGCAGCAUAAAAUCUUAUUGAAAAAAAAAAAAACGAUUUCACAGUAAAUCCGACGUCAAACAAUCAAAUAUAUUUCAAUAAAUGUGCUUUGUAAGGUAUCAAUUAAUCAAAGAAUAUAUAUUUCAUAUACCUAUCUUUUAUGUGUCAAAAAUGUCAAGAAGUACCUAAAUUAAAAACUACCAACUAUAAAAUUAGCCCAAGAAGGAGGAGCAAUUAAUUGAAAUAUAUAUACAAACAGAAAACUAUGACUGUUACAUUGAUUUAUUAUUUUAUAGGCAAAGGUUUCAGGGCACAGAGGACACAACAACUCCUAAAGAUUUUGGUUAAAAUCCCUGCUUUAAGAAAAUUGUUUCAAAUAUAGGCACGCAAGUAAAAAAUUUUAGCCAAACUAAAUCACCACACGCAUAAUUAUAAAACUUAAUGUAGCUACCUUAUAAAAUAAUUUGUGUCUAUAUAGUAGAUUUAGUUUAAACACACCAUGUAUACCAUAAUCGCCAACUAUCUAAUAUAUAUCUGUGUGAAAUAAAGUUCUUAGUCUUAGACAUUAAA